AUGGAUUCUCUUGAGAAACGUCAAAAGAAAGAAGGUCUGCGUUUCGCCAGGAAUUUCACCAAAAGGAAUACCGAAAAACAUGCACUGUAUGAAGGCAAUGGGAUAUGUUUGGUGGGAAAGAAGCGGAAUGAUCCUUUGGAAAUCAUCUCAAACGGGGUUUGUUAUAGGUGGAAUGUCGACGAUGAGCCUCAACAGUGGCGCAUUCCAGAGAAAAACGGCAAGUGGCAAUUGAAUGUCAAUAGCGAUGUCUAUCUGGCUCAACUUGACCGCCUUCAAGCUGCAAUCGAGACAAAAAGACCGCGCAAAAAGAACCAUAUCGUCAUCUACCACGAUAAUGCGCGUCCAUGUGUUGGGCGUCGUGUUGUCGAAUGUAUUGCCAAUAAAGGCUGGGAACUGCUUCCACAUCCGCCAUAUUCUCCUACAGAAGCGCCUACGGACUCCCACGUCAGUCGAUCGUUGAAAGAUUGA